AUGGUGGCCGAUGCUUUAAGCUGUAAGAGCUUGUAUGUUGUGUGGCUAAUGAUCUAUGAGCACAAGCUAUUAGAGAAUUUCUCUAGUAAACACCAAAAUAGUCCAGAUUUUACUAUGUACAACUUGAAUACAAUGGUAAUCACCAAUAAAUUCUGGAAAGAUUUGAGAAAAGCCCAGCUUGAAGACAAGUAUCUGUUAGAGAUUAGAGAUGAUAUCGAGGAAAACAAGACCAAGGACUUUUGUUUCAAUAAUGAUGGGUUAGUAGUGUUUAGAGAUCGGAAGUAUCAACCUGACCCUUCACAUGUGAUUGAGCCCGAGGAUGUGGAGUUAUGUGAGAAUUUGACAUAUUGGGCAGAGUCGGAGAAAAUUAUAGAUGUUAAGGAGAAACAGAUGAGAAAUAAGACAAUUUGGUUGGUGAAAGUCAUUUGGAGAGGGAUGACUUCUGGUGAUACUACAUGGGAAACUGAAGAGAAAAUGAAAAACCAGAAUCCUCAUUUGUUUUUAUGA